AUGUGUCAGCAGCAGCAGCAGCAGCAGCAGCAGCAGCAGCAGCAGCAGCAGCAGCAGCAGCAGCAGCAGGGUGAAGGUGGCAGCACGAGCGGUGGAGACGGUGCCAGCAGUGGUACCGAUGGCGGUGGUGGUGGUGGUGGUGGCGAUGAUGAUGAUGAUGCGGAUGUGUCGCUGCCGUGCUUCGCGCCGCAUGUGGAUGUGAUGGGUGCGGUUGAGCUUGAGGCCUCCCUUCGCGCCCAUUUGCAGCGCCAGCUCGAAACCAAGUGCGAGUACCACGCCGUGUGCGAGAAGUGGCUGCUGCGCGCCCUGCGGCCCCUGCGAAUGGCAUUGCACGUGGUUGGUGGCAGCAGCAACAACAACGGCGCCAUGUUUCUCGAUUCGUUCCAGAGCGCACGCCGCCGCGUUCACGAGCGCACAGCCACGCUGCAGGCGUCCCUGGAGACUGUGGCGGCGACCCUGCAGGGGGCGCUCGACGCACCGUAUCACCCUGUCGCCGAGGAACUGGUGCAGACGCUGCAGUCGAGCGAUGUGUCGGCGUGGCGGCUGCAGCGGUUCACGGCGCUGGCCCAGGACAUGAAGCGGGCGCUCGCUGCGUCCCUGAGCACGUGGACGCGGGCGUGCGUGUCCGUUGUGCGCGCCGCACAGCAUUGGGUGGUGCACUGCCGCCAGCAGGUGCCCACGACGCAAGCGCUUGCUUCCACAAGCGGCAGUGGCAGCGAUGGCUCACAGGAGCCGGUGAACUGGUUCGCGUCCUUCCUUGCGUUGCAGGACCCGCAGGUGACGAGCAUGUACAACGCGGUGCUGUCGGCAUGCACGACCGCGUACGACAACACGGCCGUUGGUCUGGCCAUGCCGACGCAGAUUGACAUCACGGACGCGACAGAGAAGCAGCGCUACGUGAUUCUCGUCACCAUGAAGGAGCUGCAGAGCGCAAAGCACCAGCUCGAGGCCCUUCUCGCCACCGCCCCGCAACCAGCGGCCUGA